AUGGGGAAACCCGAAAUGCAGAAGAAGAAGAUCCAGAGAAAGAAACUGCGCGAAGGAGAGAAGAUUCUCGCAGAGGAACUAGAAAGAUUGUCAGAAUUAUCGGUGGAAGAAUAUCAAGAACUCGAAACGGAGAAAGCAGACGAAAUGGUUUUGCUAAUGAAGUGUCCACCAAGGGUCGACAAGGCUUGGCGCCAACUUUCUUCGUCUUCUUCUUCUUUUUCUCAUGAACUUGUUCUCUUGGCGAAGUAUAAAGAGUCCGUCGAUCUCUUGCGUCCCAUUUUGUCGCAUGAGUUGAGCAUGGAGAUGGUUAGUGCUGAGCUAUGUAACAUUUCGAAGCUUUAUUCUGUAAACAAAUCCAAAGACUUUGUUGGUCCUGUGAGUCUCUUCUCCGAAUCAAAUCAAGGUAAACUUGCGGUGGAAGGAACAGUGACACAUAAACUCGAUAUGAGACCCCAUGAUUGCAUAGAAGAAUACGGAAAGCUUUUACGUGAGAGGAACAUGAAACCGGUGGUUGAAUAUAGACAUGUUCAGGUUCUUGAUGAUUGCCGUGGAGAGCACAUGACUCCCAAGCCUGCAUUGGUAACAAAGAAGCUUAAGAGGGAAAAAAGGACUAGAAGCGAUCGUAGUGAGGUGGAAGCAAAAAUGUUCAAAUUAUUUGAAAGAGAACCGAAAUGGACACUGAGACAGCUUGUUAAAAUAACCAACCAACCAGAGAGCUUCUUGAAAGAGAUACUCAAAGAGCUAUGUGUGUACAAUGCAAGGAGUGGUUAUACUUACGAACUUAAACCAGAAUACAAGAAGUGUAGUUAA